GCAAGACUUGCGCUGCAGAGACCCUCCGCGGAUCCCACGACCUGUUGCUGACAAGCCGCGGAAAAAGGAGAGGGAGAGGAGGGGGGGAGCCGCUCGGGAGAGACUGAAGGUACUGCCUUGGAGACGACUGCCCCGGGUUUCUUUCGCGGAGGGAAAUCAUGCAGUUUGCAAUCUGGCUGGUUGGACUAAUGUGUCAUCUGUCAGCGCUUGUCCGGGACACUUUGCAGCAUCGAUUGCAUCCGAAACAAGAAAACUUCAUCAAGCAGCUGUCAUCGUACGAAAUCAUCACCCCUGUCCGCGUGAAUGACUUCGGGGAAUCAUUCCCCCACAAAGUGCACUACAGGAGGAGACGGAGAAGUUUAAAUGAUGACCUGUCGCGCUUACGGGUUCACUACAGGAUUGAUGCGUUCGGGGAGCGCUUUCAUCUCAAUCUGACCGCACACUCCGGCUUCAUCGCCCCCUCUUACACAGUGACACACUUGGGAGCGGAACAGAGCAACGCCACGGACUCCCACUCCCAUGACUCGGGCGAUAUGCGCCACUGCUUUUUCCGCGGACACGUCAACGCCAAGAGCGAGUACCCCGCCGUCUUCAGUCUCUGCACUGGCCUAAUUGGAACUUUUACAACACAACAUGGUGAAUACUUCUUGGAGCCUCUUUUAAAUGCUGCGGGGGAGGAAUAUGACGAAGAACACAACAAACCUCAUCUUGUCUACAGACAUGAGAGGAAUAAGAACAUCUCCAAUACUGACCACAACACAGAGCCGUGUGCUGCCUCAGAGGACUCCAAGAGGCCCGUUGCUUUUGAGAGCAAAGAGAACAUGGGAGAGGAGCUGGACUCUCUCAGAGCCACGAUAGAUGAUCAACACGUUUAUGACAACAACUUAACCAGCGCACACCCCAGAUCCCCACGCAGACGCAAGCGCUUCCUCUCCUACCCUCGCUAUGUUGAGCUGAUGGUGACAGCGGAUGCCAAAAUGGUGCGUCACCAUGGACGCAACCUAGAGCACUACAUCCUAACAAUCAUGUCAGUAGUAGCAGCAGUGUACAGGGAUCCCAGCGUAGGAAACCUCAUCAACAUCAUGAUCGUCAAGCUUGUCGUUGUCCACAAUGAACAGGAAGGGCCCACAGUGAGCUUCAAUGCUGCCACCACUCUCCACAACUUCUGCGUCUGGCAACAGAGCCAAAAUGUCCAGGAUGACAGCCAUCCCUCUCACCACGACACAGCACUCCUCAUCACCAGGGAAGACAUCUGCCGCGCAAAAGAUAAAUGUGACACACUAGGGCUCGCGGAGCUGGGAACAAUGUGCGACCAGUACCGGAGCUGCUCCAUCAGUGAAGAAAAUGGAAUUAGUGCCUCCUUCACCAUUGCUCAUGAGCUGGGCCAUGUGUUCAACAUGCCUCAUGAUGACAACCCAAAGUGUCGGGAGGCAGGCAUGAAGCACCAGUAUCAUGUCAUGGCUCCCACCCUCAAUUAUGACACCAAUCCCUGGUCGUGGUCUAAGUGCAGCCGCAAGUACAUCACAGAGUUCCUAGACACCGGCUAUGGCGAGUGCCUCCUUGAUGAGCCUGUAGGCAGGACGUACGAGUUGCCCACCCUCCUCCCUGGUCAAAUCUACAAUGCCAACAGACAGUGUGAACUGAUGUUUGGACCCGGUUCCCAAAUUUGCCCAUAUAUGAAACAGUGCAAGAGGCUGUGGUGUACAAGUGCAGAGGGGGACCAUAAAGGAUGCCGAACACAGCACAUGCCACUGGCUGAUGGGACUGACUGUGGACAUGGAAUGUACUGCAGACAUGGGAUGUGUGUAAACAAGGAGUUGGACCUGCAGCCAGUUCAUGGAGAGUGGGGUCCCUGGGGUCCUUACAGCGUUUGCUCUAGGACCUGUGGUGGAGGAACCCGGAGCACCAGCAGAGACUGCAACAAGCCUGAGCCCAGAAAUGGCGGGAAGUUCUGUGUGGGUCGCAGGAUGAAGUUCCGCUCUUGCAACACUGAGCCAUGUCCGAGAGGACGGAAAGAUUUCCGCGAAGAGCAGUGUUCUCAGUUUGACGGCAAGCACUUCAACAUCAACGGUCUACCUCCCUCCGUCCGCUGGGUCCCCAAGUACAGUGGCAUACUAAUGAAGGAUCGCUGUAAGCUCUUCUGCCGGGUUGCUGGGACGACGGCUUACUAUCAGCUGAAGGACCGCGUCAUCGACGGAACGCCGUGCGGGCCAGAUACUUUCGACAUCUGUGUUCAAGGCCUUUGCAGGCAAGCAGGCUGCGACCACGUUCUUAACUCAAAGGCCAGAAAUGACAAGUGCGGCGUGUGUGGCGGGGACAACUCCUCGUGUAAAACCCUGGCAGGGACCUUCAACGAUGCUCAGUAUGGUUACAACACAGUGGUGCGGAUCCCAGCUGGAGCCACCAACAUUGAUAUCAAACAGGUCAGCUACUCUGGAAAGCCAGAAGACGACAACUACCUCGCAUUAGCCGAUAGCCAGUCCAACUCCCUCCUGAAUGGGAACUUUGUGGUGGCCAUGUUUAAAAGGGAAAUCACCUUCAAGGGAACCGUCAUUGAAUACAGCGGCUCGGACACAAAAGUGGAGCGCAUCAACUGCACUGAACGCAUCGAGGAGGAGCUCAUUCUGCAGGUCUUGUGUGUGGGAAACCUCUACAACCCAGAUGUCCGUUACUCUUUCAACAUACCCAUCGAGGAACACAGGGAGCAGUUUGUGUGGGAUCCUUUAGGCUCCUGGCUGGAGUGCAACCGCAUCUGUCAGGGUGAGCGAAGACGAAAGGCAGUAUGCGUGCGUAAAAGUGAUCAUCUUGAGGUGUCGGACCAACGCUGUGAACAUUUACCUAGUCCUGUUGCUGUUACUGAGCCCUGCAACACUGACUGUGAAGUCAGGUGGCACGUUGCUGGAAAGAGUGAAUGUUCUGCUAAAUGUGGCCCAGGCUAUCGCAGCCUGGAUGUCCAGUGUAUGAAGUACAGCCUGGUGAAGAGACAGAGUGAGAGAAUGGAGGCCAGUGUCUGUGGAGAUGCCGCUAAGCCUCAGACCAGAGAGCCCUGCCAUGGGGACUGUCUGCUUAAGAGCUGGCAGUACAGUGCCUGGUCACAGUGCUCUAAGACAUGUGGACGCGGGAGGCGUAGCAGAGAGUCUUACUGUAUGAAUAACCUGGGUAGACGGCUGGUGGACAGGGAGUGCAACGAAUACCAGAGGGUGGUCACUGAAACCUGCAACGACCAGCCAUGUCCGAAGUGGACGGUUAGCGAGUGGAGUGAGUGCCUGGUGACUUGUGGGAAGGGGAUGAAGCACAGACAAGUGUCCUGCAGCAUGGGAGCCGGGGAGGAAAAGCUGAGUGAGCACUUCUGUGAACCGUCCAGCAAACCUCCUGCUGUUGGAAGCUGCGAGAUGCCAGAGUGUGCGUCCUGGCAGGUUGGCGUCUGGGGAGCGUGUGCGGUGACCUGUGGCCAUGGCUACCAGAUGAGAGCUGUUAGGUGUGUGUCGGGGGACUACGGUGACACGGUAGACGACAGAGAGUGCAACGCAGCGGCAAGGCCCAGAGAUAGUCAGGACUGUGAGAUGCCGGCAUGUCCAUGGGCCUCUCCUGCACAAAUCACACCCCGUCCAGACAACUCAGCUCAGCUCCUGACUCAGUGGAGAUACGGCUCCUGGACUGCGUGCUCAGUGUCCUGUGGCAAGGGGAAACGGGAGCGUUAUGUCAGCUGCAGAGAUGCCCAGGGAGGGGUGGCUGACGAGUCACACUGUGCCCACCUGCCCCGCCCCCCGGAGACCUCCGCCUGCUUCAGCCCCUGUGGCCAAUGGCGUGCCGGGGAGUGGUCUCCUUGUUCAGUGACUUGUGGUGUGGGAAGAAUCACCAGGCAGGUGGUCUGCUCUAACUACCACCAGCCAGUGGACCAGUCUUUCUGUGACCCAGAUGAGAAGGCUGUGACAGAACAAGAGUGUACCGCUGCCCCCUGCUCCUCUAUCUACCACCGUCAGCGCAUCAAUGACCAGCCAUACGGGUAUCCCCAGGACCCAGGACGCCAUCCUGGGCACAGCAGCUGGAAUGUGCCCUCAGCAGACAACCAGUGGAGGACUGGACCCUGGGGCGCAUGUUCCAGUACCUGUGCAGGAGGGUUCCAGAGGCGAGUGGUGGUCUGUCAGGAUGCUGAUGGACGCAGCAACAGCUACUGUGACGAGAGGGUCAAACCUGCCGAGUCUAAGAGCUGCAACUCUGGGCCCUGCCCUCUGUGGAACUACGGUGUCUGGGGAGAGUGCACCCAGACCUGCGGUGGAGGACGGAGGACUCGCCUGGUGGUUUGUCAAAGGCCCAGUGGCCAGAGGCUCAACGACUACAACUGCGACGUCCUGGACAAGCCGCCCGACAUGGAGCAAUGUAACCUGCAGUCCUGCCCAGGCUCUGCCUCCUGGCACCGCCGACCAUGGAAGCCGUGUUCAGUGAGCUGCGGUCGGGGGACCAAGCAGCGGGAGAUAGCCUGUGUUUAUCAGAACCAAACCAAAAUAGAGGAGGAGCACUGCAGUCAUCUGCCUCGGCCACGGACGCAGAAGGCCUGUCGGACAAGGGGAUGCCCCAGCUGGAAGGCCAACAGGUGGAGGGAGUGUUCUGUCACCUGUGGAGUCGGAGUUCAGAACCGAGAUGUUUACUGCAGACUAAAAGGCACUGGACGGGUCAGAGAGGAUUUGUGUGAUGCUCACCAGCGACCUCCCAUUGUCCGGCCGUGCCAAACUGCAGAAUGCACACAUUACACUUGGGUUUCGGGUGAAUGGGAAGAAUGUAAUGCAACCUGUGGAGAAGGCGUGAGAAGCAGGAAGCUGCGGUGCAUUGGCCCAAGGAUGACACCUGUCCAGAAUGAUUACUGUGAGCCAUCGUCGCAGCCAUCAUCACACCAGCCCUGCAAAGGAGAUCCCUGCCACUACAUGUGGAUUACAGGGGAAUGGUCACAGUGCUCUGCCAGCUGUGGUGUGGGCUACCAGCAGCGUAUAGUCUCCUGCUCCGUGAUGCCCUCUUCCCAGGCUCUGCGUCUGUACACUGCUGCUCAGUCCUCCUCUGCCAGCACCCACUGCCCUGAGCCCCACCCUCCUGGCACCCAACCGUGCCUCCUCAGGGACUGCCCGCACACCAGCUACUGGAAAGUUGGCCCGUGGAGCAAGUGCUCGCAGACGUGCGGGGCAGGAGUGAUGGAGCGCAGAGUGGAGUGUGUGACCUCCAAAGGCCAACCAUCCAAACACUGCCGUCCUUCAGAAAGACCUGAGUCUCAAGCUACAUGUCAAGACAGAGAAUGCCAGUUGUUCACUUCCUGCCGAGAUGUCCAGAUGAGGCAGGGUGUGAAGAUAGAUGGGGAAUACUAUCUCAAAGUCAAGUCCCGCAUCCUACAGAUUUACUGUGCUGAGAUGCAGACUGAUUUCCCCAAGGAGUAUGUGACCUUGCGCAGCGGUCAGACAGACAACUACUCCGAGGUGUAUGGGAACAGGUUGCUGAACCCCUUUGAAUGUCCGUAUAACGGCAGCCGAAGACAGGACUGCGACUGUAGGAAUGACUACUCAGCGGUGGGAUACACUCUCUUCCAAAAAGUUCGUCUGGACCUGAGCUCCCUGAGGAUAAUGAUCACAGACCUCCAGUUUUCCCAGACUCUUCUUGGUCGACCUGUGCCCUUUGCUACAGCAGGAGAUUGUUAUAGUGCAGCCAAGUGUCCACAGGGCCAGUUCAGCAUUAAUCUGAUUGGCACUGGCCUCAAAGUGGCUGAGGCCACCAAGUGGACAUCUCAGGGCAACUAUGUUUCCGUCAAAGUACACAGAUCUGAGGAUGGAACAAGAAUCUACGGUCGCUGUGGCGGUUUCUGUGGGAAGUGCAUUCCCCAGGCUCACAACGGCCUACUCCUUCAAGUCCACUAAGGGCCAUGCAGAGACCAAACCCCUAAAUCUUUCUUGAAGACAGUAGCCCAGGAACAUGCAAUAAUCGUGAUUUGUUGGACCCCAUAGUCAUCUGUGAGUGUGGUGGAGGAGCAUUUAACAGUAAUCGUCCUACAGUAACAUCCCCAGUUCCCAAAUGGCAGCUAAAAACAUACAAGACACUACACAUACUGUGCAGUGCUAGAGGGCCACUGUCUGGUCCUUAAUUCAAACUGUUAACUCUGAAGAAGAGCAAGCUAGAUUUGCUUGCCAACAGUGUUGCAAUCAAACAUGCCUGCGCUUUGGGACCUAAAAUGCUUUCUUGUUCUGACACUGUUAUGCAUUUUUUAGCAUAACUGAAAGGGAUACAAUACUUCAAAACACUGGGAAAGCAAUUACAUACACUGAAGAAAAACCUGAACAGACUAUACUCUCUGUUCAAAAAAGAAAUUCUCAUCCUUAAAAAAAUAACUUUUUCUGUGAAGUGAAGCGUUUUCUGUAAAAAAAACAAAUUCCAGAGUUUUGACAUUAAGUACCUGGAACUAAUCGUGUUAUAUGUUACCUUUUAAGGUGCAUAUAUAUUUAUAUUUACAGACACUGUAAACAGUUAGUUACCACUUAUCUAACUGACCUGCAAUCAGGUUUAAAAAUCAAUACACUUUACAGUAGUAUCUAAUAAUCAUUACAAUCCUCUGGUGACAAAGAAGUGCUACAGACAGAGACGGAAAUAGUAUGUGAGCAAUGGUUGUGUUAUUGUUGUAUUAUAUAUAGGUAUAUAUAUAUAUAUAUCUACACAGUCAUUUUUUACAACUACUAAUUGAGCUACACUGCAAAUCAUCUUACACAAGUUUAAAGGAAUAGUUUGACAUUUACGCUUAUUUAUUCUCUUGUCAAGAGAUGAGAAGAUCAAUACCACUCAAGUGCAUAUGGUAAAUAUGAAGCUACCACCAGCAGCUGCUAAGAUUACCCUAGCACAAAUACUGGAAACAGGGAAAAAGGUAGCUUGGCGUUGAGGUAUUCAGAUAUUGUAUAUACAUUUUUUGUUCAUGUUUAGUUUGUAAAAUGGUAUUAGGUUGUAACCGUUAGUUGCUGCCAACAUAGAGUGACCUAGAUUAGCUAGAAAAGUUGGUUAGUCGUUUUAGGGAAUGCACUGUUGCAGUAAGUUCUACAACAUUAUUAUUUUUGCCAUACAACUUAAAGGUCCAGUGUGAAUCAGACAUGUUCAGAACGGAGAAACCAAACAAUGGCUCUAGAUAGGGCCAUUCACAAUUACUAAGUUGGAAGAGGAGGGUGAGACGAAGUGUAUUCAGUUGGUUGCAGUCUGCAACCUCCCCACUAGAUGCCACUAAAUCAUAAACACUAGACCGUUAAAGCUCAAGAACAUUUGACAUCACUCGUGAGGUUGCCAAGCAAACAGCGGAGACUCCAGGAAGUGAGUGCACCUUUAGUCCAGCGUCUUUACCCUUAGACAGAGCCUGACUAUCUGUUUCACGCUGUUUCCAGUCUUUAUGCUUAGCUAAGCUAACUGGCUGCUGGCUGACUAGCUUCAUAUUUACGAACACGGUAAUGGAAUUGAUCUCCUCGUCUAACUCUCUGCAAGACAGUGAGUGUAUUUCCCAAAACUAUUCCUUUGGGGCUCAUUAUAGAACUUAUAGAAGGAGUAAGAUAGCAUCAACUACUGAUAUUCUUCUAGCUCUGCCUUACAUCAGAGGUAAAACAUUAAGAGAACGUGAACGGCUACAGAUAAUUUCAGUUUUCAUUGUUGUGUAUUUCUAAAGUCUGUCUGCUGUCAUCUGCAGUCAGGUAUUUUCGCAAAACUACUUAAAAGUGCAUAGACAGUCCACUGACCGACAUACGACUGUCACAUAGAGACAGCAUAAACACUAGUGCUGUGAGGAAUCACUGUAUCAAGUGUGAUGUCUCACCUCACACCCUCCUUUGGGCCUACUGUAGGUACCUGCAACCCCUACCUCUCACAAGCAUCCAUACUCUACUGAGAUAUGUGUUGUAAUAUAUUUAUGUUUGACCAUAUUUAUUCUGUAAUGACUGUAGAUAUGUUCUGUGUUUGAAGGUACAAUGACUUCUACCAACAGAGAAGCCAUUGUCUGAUGUUUUUUGUCUUUUGUCUGCUUUGCUAAAAAGGUAUUAGCCUACUACUAUUUGUACUGUAUAACCACUAACCUUAAAUGAGGAUCUUUUGAAUGGUGCUUUUGAACUACUGGAAUUACCUCUGAUCUUGAGAAGGAAAACAUUGGCUUUUGGCUCUUUAGCAGAUGUGAGAUCUGCCUAUAAUGCAUGUAAUAGUCCUCUCAUUAAUGUAGCUGAAAAUCUAGCUGCAAGGUUGAUAUAUCAGAUUAACCACUGCAUGAGGAAAUGUGCCCUUGAGUAGUAUUUGACUCAUCAUAAAUGACUUUCACCAUGACCACUACUACAACUAUCAAGCAACCUAACAUACUGGUAUUCUGAUGUUAAGCUUUAACCAAAGUUAGAAGAUAGAUGCAGAUUUUUUUCUUCUCAGACAAUGCAGCUUCUUUUAACUGAAAGAAUGGCUGAAAAAUAAAUAAAAAGUCAAUGAGCAGCUAGAAAACCUUUGGCCAUCAUUCAUGUUUAUGAUGGUUAAUUGUUCUAUGAGGUCUGUAUCAGAAAGUUAAAGAAUACUUGAUGCACUAUGUGCCAUAAAUUUUGUAGAAAUGUAAUCCUGUUUGGGUUUUUUUGUAAUAACCGUUAAGAUUUGUAACUUAUGAUAUAUGUGUAUUUUUAAUAUUCAUACUUGAAUUGUAAACAAUGUGCUAAAUACUGAAUGGGCAUUGGUACUGAAUAGAGAAACAGUGUGCUUGUUUGCCAUGCUUUAUCCAAAGAUGUUUUUAAGAAUCAUGUAUACCUACAGUAUGUAUGUAGCUUGUAUAAAAGAAAUGAAUGAUUGAUUCUGGUGCUAUGAUUACUAAUCGUACCAAUACAGUAUGUACUAUACU